AUGGAGCUCACCGGAGUCACCGGACACACUGCUAAGUCGGCAGGCUCAGCGGCAAAGACUGCCGCCAAAAGCAAGCGCCUCAAAUACUCUGCUUUGGAAGCCACCUAUGACUUCGUGCCCGUCGCCGUCGAGACAGCCGGGCCCUGGGGGCGGGAGGCGCGUGAGCUCUUCCGAGAGCUUGGCAAGCGCCUCAGAGAGAAAGGGAGUGACCCCCGUUCUGAGUCAUGGCUCGUCCAACAGGACUCCAUCGCCAUACAGCGGGAGCAAGAUAUGUUACAAGACACUGCAUACAUAAAAGACGAUGUGUAUGAUGCAACCAACGAGUCAUAUAUGGAUUACAAGUGCGAACUUAAGAACGCUUUGAGCAAGUUAAAGGCAACACCCAGCAAUGAUAGUCCCAUGUUGUCAACUACAGCAUCAACGUCAAAAUCGAGUCAUGUGAAGCUCCCUAAGAUCACGAUUCCAACUUUUUCGGGAAAGUAUGAGGAGUGGAUGGGAUUCCGGGAUUUGUUCACUUCACUCAUCCACAAAAAUCAGGACAUCGAUGACAUCCAGAAGCUUCACUACCUCAAGGCGCAUUUGACAGGCGAAGCUGAACAGCUUCUUAGACACAUACCCAUUUCUAGUGAAAGUUAUGACCAGUGUUGGACCCAGCGACAUCACUCGCUGCUACAUCAAAAAGGGGACACUCAAGCAAAUGAAGGCAAGGUGCCAUCAGCUAGUCAAACGGUGGCACACGUUCACACACAGGAACUCACAAAUCCAUCGUUGGAAGCUACACCGGGAACCAGUGUUUCAAAUCACUUCUUAAAUGAAGUCUCUCAGCAUGGGUUACUGGCUACCGCUGUUGUAAAAGCCAAAAUGUGGGAAAAGGAAGAAUAUCAUCUAAUAAGGGCACUAAUAGAUCCGGGUUCAGAAGUGUCAUUCAUCACCUCAGCGACAGUUCAGUUACUCGGGUUAAAACAAACUCCAGCUAAGGUUACAGUGACAGGAUUGAGAGGUCAGCUGAUUACAGUGCUGAAGUCUACGGUUCAAGUUACAAUAGCACCGCGCUCUGACACUAGCAGUGCCAUUGAAGUCACAGCAUAUGUAGUAGACAAAGUUACCUCGAAUCAACCUUCUGCAAAGGUAUCUAUUACAUCCUGGCCUGAGUUGCAAAGUGUCGAGCUCGCAGAUCCUGAGUAUCACACUCCAAAUAAAAUAGACAUGUUGUUAGGAGCAAAGGUCUAUGCUCGGAUCAUUCAACCAGGUUUAUUCAAAUCUCCCCAGGAGACUACGGUGGCACAAAAGACGUCUCUGGGAUGGAUUUUAUGUGGUGAAAUAGGUUUACAGGCGAACAUCUCCUGCAAGCUGGUCAGCAUGCACACUCAGGUGGAACAGUUGCUGAGGUCCUUUUGGGAACUUGAAUCAGAACCUAGCAACAAACAACGGAUCUUAACACCUGAAGAACAAAGAUGUGAGGAGAUAUACGAAGCAACUACUACACGGGAUGAGAACGGUCGAUACGUUGUUAGAUUACCGUUCAGGGAUGAGCAACCAGCCUGUGUAGAUGGUGGGUCCAGAGAGAUAGCGUUGCGAAGAUUCCACUCUCUGGAAAGGAAACUUCAAACCGAUGAGCGCCUGCAAACAGAAUACACAAAGGUGUUCCAUGAAUAUAGGGAUUUAAAUCACAUGGAACCUUUGUCAGAACAAGAAUCUAAGGAAAAAGGAUUUUACUUACCUUACCAUGCUGUUGUGCGUGACGACCGGGAAACUACAAAGGUUCGUAUAGUUUUCGAUGCGUCUUGCAAGGGCACAAACGGGGUGUCCUUAAACAGCGACCUUAUGGUGGGUCCUACGUUGCAGUCAGAGUUGAGGCACAUAAUCAUGCGUUGGCGAAUGCAUCCAGUUGUCUUCAUUGCCGACAUCGUCAAGAUGUACCGGCAAGUAUUAGUCGAUGAAAGAGACACUAAGUACCAACGCAUCCUGUGGAGAGAGAACAACAAUGAAAGGGUAAAGGAAUACAAGUUAAAUAGAGUUACCUUUGGGGUCUCAUCAGCUCCAUACCUAGCUGUCAAAACGUUGAUUCAAUUAGCCUUGGAUGAGGGUGCAGACUUCCCUCUUGCAGCUAGUCGGAUACGUCAGGAUUUCUACAUGGACGACCUGAUGUCUGGUUGUCAAUCCGAGCAAGAAGCAGUAGAGAUCUACCACCAGAUGAAGACGCUAUUAAGCAAAGGAGGCUUCGAACUUCAAAAGUGGUCAAGCAAUAGUAAAGCUGUGUUAGAUGAAAUUCGAGAAAGCACAGCAGGGAAAGAAGAGCAAAAAAAAAUAGAAAUGAAGCAAGAAGCGGUAAAUAAAAUAUUAGGACUUACCUGGGAUCGACAUCGGGACGAAUUUGCUUAUACAGUUCAGCUACCUCCACCAACAGCACCUGUAACUAAAAGAAAGGUUACAUCAGACAUUGCGAAACUAUAUGAUCCUCUUGGAUGGAUAGCACCUAGCAUCGUAAGAGCGAAAAUAUUCAUUCAAAGGCUCUGGUUGGCUGGUAUCGAAUGGGAUCAAGAGCUACCGUCUCCACUGCUUGAGGAAUGGUUGAACUAUAGGGAAGAAUUGUCACAGCUCACCAAAUUCAGACUUCCUCGCUGGUCAAAUCACAGAACUGAUGCCAUGUUAGUUGAACUACAUGGGUUCAGUGAUGCGUCGAACGAUGCAUAUGCCGCGGUGGUGUAUUUACGCGUUAUUGAUGCAGAAGGGUUGAUACGCGUCAGUCUGGUGUCAUGCAAAACGAAGGUUUCGCCAAUUAAGCAAAUUUCAAUUCCUCGACUGGAAUUAUGCGGUGCGGUAUUACUAGCUAAGGUAUUAGUUGAAGUUUCUGAGGUGCUAGACGUGGAAAAAUCGAAUAUACAUGCAUGGACAGACUCGGAGGUAGUAUUAGCGUGGUUAAGCAGUCACCCAAGCAGAUGGAAGACUUUUAUAGGGAACAGAUGUUCAGAGAUCUUGACAGCCACUAGUCGGAGCCAAUGGUCGCACGUAAAGUCAGAGCAGAACCCGGCCGAUUGUGCAUCAAGAGGGAUCUCAGCAUCUGAAUUAAGUAACUUUGAACUCUGGCUAACCGGACCAGCUUGGCUGAAACAAGAAGUGAUUAACUACAAAACAUCAAAGACAGUCAAUACUCACCUAGAAGAAAGGAAAAUACAUACUCACUUGGAAACUGUGGUAACUGAAUCGGAUGGUGAAGAUCCUAUGUGGUCGAAGUAUUCUUCACUCACGAAGAUGUUGAGAGUUGUUGCAUACUGCCGAAGAUUCCUGAAAAAUAAAAGAAAAAAUCAUACCUACUUGCUGAAAGUUGAGUUAGACGAAGCUUUAGCAAUCAUGGUAAAAAAGAGUCAGCAACAAGCAUAUGCGGAAGAAAUAGAGGAAAUCAAAAAAGGUAGACUAAAGAAGAAAGGCCAACUUACCUCGUUUACUCCACAGCUCGACGAUUUCGGAAUAAUUCGUGUUGGUGGGCGGCUCCAGAGCGCGGACAUGGCCUACGAUCAAAAACAUCCAAUGUUGUUGCCGAAAUCAGCGUGGUUGACUCAGCUUAUCAUUCGGGAUGCACAUUUCCAGACUUUACAUGGAGGAGCACCGCUAAUGGUUAAUUACAUUAGGGCUAAAUUCUGUAUACCAGGUCUCAAGAACUUAGCUAAAACACAUGUCAGGAAAUGUAUUCCAUGUGUUCGUAACGCAGCCAUCAUUCGGAACCAAUUAAUGGGGCAAUUACCCUCGCCUAGGGUGAACAUAGCAAGACCGUUUGUACAUAGUGGGGUAGAUUACGCCGGGCCCAUCAAUAUACGUGUUUCCAAGGGUAGGGGAAACAAGUCAUACAAAGGGUAUAUUUGCCUAUUUGUAUGCAUGGCUACCAAAGCCGUUCAUAUAGAAGCAGUUAGUGACCUAUCAACUGCCGGAUUUCUCGCUGCAUUCAAAAGGUUUGUCGCGAGACGAGGUUACUGCAGCGACCUCUAUAGUGAUAACGGGUCUAAUUUCGUGGGUGCGGCCAAGGAACUUCAAUAUCUGUUCAAUGCAGAAAGGUCAAGUUUAGUUCCCGAGCUGGCUGACUGGAUGGCCUCCAACGGGACUCAAUGGCAUUUUAUACCUCCUUACGCCCCCAACUUUGGAGGACUUUGGGAGGCAGGGAUAAAAUCCUGUAAAUUUCAUCUCAAACGCGUAAUUGGGAAUGCCACACUCACAUUUGAAGAGACCAGUACGGUUCUAUCGCAGAUUGAGGCGUGCCUGAAUUCAAGGCCACUGUGGCGCAUUGAUGACAAUGGAGAAUCUCUUCCGUUAACACCAGGUCAUUUCCUAGUGGGAGAACCUCUGAUUGUAGCACCAGAUCAGUGUUAUGACCAAGUACCAAUUUCGCCAUUACGUAGAUGGCAAUUAUGCCAACGUAUGAUGCAGGAUUUCUGGCGGCGCUGGUCUCAAGAGUAUUUAAAUCAGUACCUACAAAGGCACAAGUGGACUCAGCAAACUCCAGAACCUAAGAUAGGCGAUGUAGUUCUAGUGAAAGAGCCUGAUUUACCACCGGCUAGAUGGCUCCUCGGUCAAGUGGUUGAAACACAUCCAGGUUUGGACAGGUGGUUCAUCGCUAAUAAUAUUACAAAUGCUACAGAUGCACAGGGACAGAAACGACGAGCGAUUUUGUUAAGCGCACUCAAUGACAGCUCAUACGAGCUGGCAACGCAUUUGGCGUUGCCCAAAGAUGUCCAAGAAGUGCCGUACGAAGACAUUUUACAAUUACUGGACGAUCAUUUCACUCCCAAGUUAACCGGGUUCGGCGAGCGGCACAACUUUUACUCUGCGGCGCAGCAACAACACGAGUCAUACCCGCAGUGGGCCGCUAGACUGCGAGGACUGUCAGUGCACUGUGCGUUUAAUAACAUAGAAGAAGCGUUACGUGACCGUUUCGUUAUGGGCAUGCUGCCGGGCAGGGAAAAAGAAAAAUUGUACGCUCAAGAUGUAUCCGCGUUAACUCUAGCAAAGGCGGUAGAACUUGCGGAAAACAUACGUCGCGCGCGGGCAGGCGCGGCCGCGGCCGGCGCCGGCGCCGGCGCCGCUGCCGUUACUCCGGGAUCGUCGGACUCCUCGGCCUCCGAGUUAUUUAAGAUCGCGCGUGGUGGUAAAAACGAGGGAAGUUCAAAGGUGAAGUGUUCGGUGUGCGGCUACACCAACCAUACGAUAUUUCAGCGAGCAAUGGAAUGCGUGCUCGCAGGCCUCGACGGCGUGUUGUGCCUGCUCGACGACGUGCUUAUCACGGGCGCCGACGUCGCCCAGCACCAGGCCAGACGGCGGGACUAA